AUCCAUCAUUUCCAAUCUUUUGAAACCUAUCGAACCAAAUUUAUGAAAAAUGAAAUUUCAUUCCAUUCAACCAUUCUCUACUCAAACGUCAACUUGAAAUAUGCUUAAAAGACUCGCAACGUCAACUUCGCCAGAAAAAACGAGUCAAUCCUUCUUACUUUCCCUUUAAAUAAACUUCAACUAUCCCGAGUUUCACUCAUUUCUAUUGCUUCUCUCAAUUCCCCCUUACUCUUCUUCUUUGACUCGUUGUUUACUAUUUGAUUCAGCUGAAUGCAUCACCAAUCCAUAGCCUUUAAACCCCUCCAAUUCCCUUUCCCGCCCCGCCUUCACCCUCCUAACGCUAUCCCUUCUCGCCGCCUGUUUCCCCUCCAUCUAAACACCACCGCUUAUUCUCCCUGCUCUGCCUCUAGCUCCCGGAGUUUCCAUAUCCCUCUUCCCACUCACCCUCCUCGCUCCCUCCCCUCCUCCAACUCCACCAAAAACGCCGCCCUCAAAACCGUCGAUGUCGCCACUCUCGGCAAUCUCUGUGUUGAUAUUGUUCUCAAUGUUCCCAAAUUACCCCCGUCUUCUAAAGGCGCUCGCAAAGCCAUCAUGGAACAGUUAUCCUCUUCUCCUCCCGACAAGCAAUACUGGGAAGCUGGUGGAAACUGUAAUGUAGCUAUAGCAGCUGCAAGGCUGGGACUCAAUUGUAUUACAAUAGGUUAUGUUGGUAAUGAAAUUUAUGGGAAGUUUCUUCUAGAUGUGCUUCGUGAUGAAGGAAUUCGCAUUGUAGGAAUGAAUGAAGAAGCUGAUGUUGUUAACAGUCCAAGUGCUUCUCAUCAAACUCUCUUAUGCUGGGUGCUUGUUGAUCCUUUACAAAAGCAUGGUUUUUGCAGUCCAGCUGAUUUUUUUGAGGAGCCUGCUUUUAGCUGGAUGAGUACACUUUCUGAAGAAGUAAAGAGGGGGAUUAAGCGAUCGAGAAUCCUGUUUUGUAAUGGUUAUGAUUUUGAUGAGCUUUGCCCUGGUUUGAUAUUGUCAGCUGUUGACUAUGCAAUUGAAGCUGGUACAUCAGUGUUUUUCGAUCCAGGGCCGCGUGGGAAGAGUCUUUUACGCGGAACUGUGGAAGAACAAAAGGCACUUAGGCAUUUCUUGAGGAUGAGUGAUGUCCUCCUUCUAACAUCUGAUGAGGCCGAAUCAUUGACUGGCAUAGCGAACCCGAUACUAGCAGGACAGGAGUUGCUGAGGACAGGGGUCCGCACUAAAUGGGUGGUUGUGAAGAUGGGCCCUAGGGGUUCAAUUCUGAUAACCACGUCAAAUAUUACAUGUGCAUCUGCAUUUAAGGUGAAAGUCAUGGACACCGUCGGCUGUGGAGAUAGUUUUGUUGCAGCUAUUGCAUUCGGUUUUAUACACAAUAUUCCCUUGGUUACAACAUUGGCAUUUGCAAAUGCUGUGGGGGCUGCUACUGCCAUGGGUUGUGGUGCCGGUAGGAAUGUAGCAGCACUGAAGCAAGUAGUAGAACUCAUGGAAGCACCCAACCUCAAUGAGGAUGAUGAAUUUUGGAAUGAGCUAUUGGGUGAACAUUUGGACUCCCAAGAGGUUACUUUUCUGUCGAAAAUGAUUUUAAAUGGAAGCAAUGGCAGGAUGAAUCGUGUUACAUUUCAAAAGGCAGUUUCUGAAUUGCUGCCUAAGCUUAAAUCAAGUCAACUAGAGGGCACACUGUCAUGUUGAUGGAUUGGAACGGGUAUUAGAUAGUCAACAAUGGUUUAAAGUAUACGUAUGGUAAACUCAAGAACGAGUACGAUUGGGAUCAGAUUGAAAUGGUUACUAGAAGAUCUUCAAGUGAGUUCAUUAACACAUUUUUGGCGACAGUCAGUAAUACCUUGAUACAUAGCUAUGUAAAAAUAGAUGUUCCCUUGUGGUUAUAUUGUAUGUUAUCAGCAUUGGUUUUGAUUUUCUAAUUUUUAUGCAAUACCGAAAAGAUUGCUUCGAAAACA